UCAGUGUACCACAUCUAUGCUUGGGCUCUUGGGGAAAAGGAAAAAAAGGAAAAAAAAGAAGAUGUCCUAGGACUCUCAAAGAGACGUCUCUGAGAAACAACAACAAGCAGUUCUGCAUGCUCCUUCUGCAAUGCUCUAAGAGAUUACCCAAGGGCUUUCUCCUAAGAAAUGAACUUCUGACCAUGGGGGACUGGAACUUGUUGGGCAGCAUCCUUGAAGAAGUGCACAUCCACUCCACCAUAGUUGGCAAAAUCUGGCUCACGAUCCUGUUCAUAUUCCGGAUGCUGGUGCUGGGAGUGGCUGCUGAGGAUGUCUGGGAUGAUGAGCAGUCCGAGUUCAUCUGCAACACGGAGCAACCCGGCUGCAACAAUAUCUGUUACGACAAAGCCUUCCCCAUUUCUUUGAUCAGAUACUGGGUACUGCAGAUCAUAUUUGUCUCCUCCCCAUCCUUAGUGUACAUGGGCCACGCGCUCUACCGGUUAAGGGCACUGGAGAAAGAGCGACAGAACAGGAAAGCCCACCUGCGGGCUCAGCUCGAGGACCUAGAGCCCAUGCUCGAGGAACACAGGAGAGUGGAGAGAGAACUGCGUAAGCUGGAGGAACAGAAGAAAGUGAAUAAGGCACCCUUGAGAGGGUCCCUGCUGCGCACCUAUGUCCUACAUAUCCUGACCCGCUCGGUGGUCGAAGUGGGCUUUAUGAUAGGUCAGUAUCUUUUAUACGGGUUUCACAUGUCUCCCCUUUACAAAUGCACUCGGCCCCCUUGCCCUAACACGGUGGAUUGUUUUGUGUCCCGACCCACAGAGAAGACCAUCUUUAUGGUUUUCAUGAACAGCAUCGCCGCCGUCUCCCUCUUCCUCAACAUCCUCGAAAUCGCCCACCUCGGCAUCAAGAAGAUCCAGAAGAGCCUGUGCGGGCAGCCGCUGUGGCCGGCGGGCCCGUCCGAAGAGGACCCCAGCGCGUACAACUCCAAGAAGAGCUCGGUGGUGCCUCCGCCGCCCUGCCUGGCCAGCAACGCGUCCCCGCCGCGCCCCGCGCCCGCGCCGCUCCCGCCGCCCGCGCCCGGCGCCCGCGCUCCGCCGCCGGCCCGGCAGCACCGCGGGCAGCUCCGGGCAACGCCGCCGCCGCGCCGCCGGCACCACGGACAGCACCAGCCGCCCUCCUCCAGCAGCGAGGAGGCGCCGCGGGCAGCCCCGGCGGGCGGCGGGACGGGGGCGGCGGGAGCGGCCGCCGCAGCCCGCCGGACGCCCCGCAGGCAGAGCCGGGCGAGCGCCUGCCGGGAUCCGGAUGAGGAGCGCGGCGACUCCCCGGACAGCGGGCACUGCCCCGGCACCCGCAAGUCCAGCUUCCUCUCCCGCGUCCUCACCGGGAGCCGGGCGGGCAGCGACAGCGAGAGCACCGCCUCCCGCGGCGGCUCCGGGCCCGGCCCCGGCUCCGGCUCCGGCUCGGAGGGGAAGCGCCGCGAGGAGGGCGCGCCCAGCCCGCCGCCCGCCGCCUCGGGACGCCGCGUGUCCAUGGCAAGUAGCGCCCGGGACAGCCCGCGGGAGGGGGGCGGCGGGGGACCUCGGCACCCUGUGCCGGCCCUGGGGAGGAGGGGGCGAGCCAGGGGGCAGAACGGCUCGGGCAGGACUCCCAACACAGCCCCAGAGCCUCGCUGCCCCCCGGACAAAGCCAAGCUCCCAAAAGCUCGGCCUCCUUCUGCCGUGAAAGCAGGAAUACCAGGGAAUUACUAAGUCCCGAGGAGCAUUAAGUCCCCGAAUGCCAGCUUCUUUAUACUCAUUCCAUCAUCCCAAUCAACUCGACGAGGAUUGUCCCAGGGAAAACUUCUUCACCUCCAGCCAGUGUAAGAAAGAGAAGCCAAGAAUGCAUUGAGUUCCAUGACACAACUUCUCUCGGUUGCAGGUUUGUCUCAGAGGUGACCUCUGAGUCGAAUAAUUGUUCAAUGAAUAAAUCAAAAGAUCUACAUGUAAAAACCCCCACCAAAUAGUUGCAAUGCCAGAGCCAACGACUACAGAAUUGCUUUUUCAGCAGCUUCUCCUUUUCUUUGGCCACAUGCUCUAGGCUUGCUUACAGUCAUAAUUUUGGCAAGAUACAGUGCUCGCAUUCAAGAGUCAACAAGGAUUUCUUAAAAGAGGUUUGAAUUCUGGUGGCCUCAGAUCACAGGUUUGGUUCUUUAAGAGCACAGAGGCUCCUUUACAAUCACUUGCAGUAGCAAGCCCAUAAAUACCUUUUUAUAGGGCAUGUAAUAAACAAGAUUACUUCACACAAUGCUCAAAGUCAUAGAUUCUGUUCAAUUUUUUCCUCACUCUUCCCGAACAUUCCCUCCCCCCUCUUUUUCUUUCCUAUAUGCAAAACAAACAAAGCCAACAAACUUCAA